UCUCAUGGUGAGCAUUGACGCUCUUUGUCAUUGGUGAUGCCGAGUGCAAGGAAUGUAUUUGGUUCCUAGUCGGAGUCCACCCUAACACACGGGCCCCACCUCUUUCUUUGUUCCUGGUGUGGGUGAGACAGAGUGCACCGCUCAACCUCAAGGCACUUGUUGCUACUUGUCCUGGAGUGACUAUGAUGACUGACAAGCCCCAUGUCCCGCCCACCUUUCCCCAGAUUACAUAAAAUGAGUGACCGUCCAGUCCCUCAGCAGCCAGGACUUCUGAGCUCAGGCAUCUCCUGUCUCCCACCAUCUCGCCCUGGACUGGUCAGCAAUGGUGAGGACUAACCUGAUGGCGAGGAACACCGACAUGCGCUGGCGCCUGCCAUUGGUUUGCCUCGUCUGGGAGAUAGCCAUGAUCAUCCUCUUUGGCAUCUUUGUGCGCUUCAACCCUGAAUCGGACGCAGCUGGGUGGGAGAAGGAGAAGCAUCUAAAAAACAUCACCAGCGAUGCUGAGAACGACUUCUAUUUCAGAUACCCAUCUUUCCAAGAUGUCCAUGUGAUGAUCUUUGUGGGCUUUGGCUUCCUCAUGACGUUCCUUCAGCGCUAUGGAUUUGGGGCGGUGGGGUUCAACUUCCUCCUCGCAGCUUUUGGGAUUCAGUGGGCCCUCCUGAUGCAGGGCUGGUUCCACACCUUGGAGAACGGGAAGAUCCUUAUUGGAGUACAAAGCCUGAUUGGCGCUGACUUCUGUGUGGCGUCUGUCUGCAUUGCCUUUGGUGCCGUCUUGGGCAAAGUCAGCCCCGUUCAGCUGCUCAUCAUGACACUCUUUCAAGUCACCCUUUUCUCUGUGAAUGAAUACAUCCUGCUGGAUCUACUCCAUGUUAAAGAUGCAGGUGGAUCCAUGACCAUCCAUACAUUUGGUGCUUACUUUGGGCUGACUGUGACUGCUGUUUUGUAUCGACCCCAUUUGGACCAGACCAAAGAUAAGCAGGGUUCCCACUACCACUCAGACCUCUUCUCCAUGAUUGGCACGUUGUUUCUAUGGAUGUACUGGCCCAGCUUUAACUCGGCCAUUUCCGACCAUGGGGAUGCCCAGCACCGAGCGGCUAUCAACACGUAUUGCUCCCUAGCAUCCUGUGUCCUCACCACGGUGGCCUUCUCCAGCCUGUUGCAAAAGAAGGGCAAGCUGAACAUGGUGCACAUUCAAAAUGCCACUCUGGCUGGCGGUGUGGCUGUAGGGACCGCUGCAGAGAUGAUGCUGACCCCAUAUGCCUCUCUCAUUAUUGGCUUCAUCUGCGGUAUUGUGAGCACCGUUGGAUUUGUUUACUUCACGCCUUUCUUGGAGUCCAAGUUGCGCAUUCAAGAUACCUGUGGCAUCCACAACCUCCACGGCAUGCCAGGGCUCAUUGGGAGCAUUGUGGGGGCGGUCACUGCUGCCGCUGCCACAGAAGGGGUGUACGGAAAAGAAGGGCUAAUCCGCGCUUUUGACUUCACAGAAGAAUUUGCAGGUCGGACUCCGAGUGUCCAGGGCGGUUACCAGGCAGCUGGCAUGGCCGUGUCCUUGGGCAUGGGCUUGGCCGGAGGGGCCGUUGUAGGUGGCAUUUUGAAACUUCCCUUCUUUGGAGACCCCAUAGAUGAAAACUGCUUUGAGGAUAAUGUUUACUGGGAGGUGCCUGGGGAUGAGGAAAGCAGCCUGUACUGUAUGCACGAUUCCAAUGCGAAGCCUGUGACCGAUCACCAAUCCGCCUGAAAAAUACCCAAAAGAGUGCUGCAGAAAACCAGCGAUAGAAUCAAUGGCCCCGUUUGGGAUAACUUUGGGUGGUGUUUGGUCUCCCUUGACAUGUUCAAGCUCCUACAAAAAGAGAUGCGUGGCUUUCUGGGAAACACGCCAGAUCACCUCAUUCAUCUGGAUGUAAAACUGUUCUCCUGAAUGAAAAUAUGUUAUUUUUCAUGCAAUACAAUGCCCUUUCUUGAGGUCUCAUAUCAGUUUUCAAAUUUGGGAGACAGAAAAUUCCUGAACUAGACCUAAUACAAAGAAAAAAAAUUCUCACCUGUUAAUUGCAUGAGAAUAAACUGGCAAGUGUUAACACUGUCCAGAAAGACCAAACGCCGCUGAAUGCCACUAUAUGAUGGGCACAACGGGAGGCUACAAACAUAUGUGUUCAAUCUCUCUCCCUAAAACCAAUGGAUCUGAAAAAUACUUCAGGUGGCAUAGCUUGUGUCCCCGGCUUUGUUAUUUAAAAAAUGCUUCAUCCCAAGGCACUAUUUUGUCCUUUUGCUGUGUCCUUUCCUUCUUUCCAUACAGUUUCUGUCGUGUAAUGUCUCUCUCCUCUGCUAAGAGGAUUGAAAGAUGGCAGUCCUAGUAUGCGGCAGGUACUGGCUUGUUCACUAGACUCUCCUCUACAGUUCCAUUUGUUGGGAAGCCUUAGCAUUGAACGGUUGUGUUGUUAUAGUGCAAAGUAUGGAACCCUGCGCAGACGGGGAAGCCUUAGCAUUGAACGGUUGUGUUGUUAUAGUGCAAAGUAUGGAACCCUGCGCAGACGAUUGGUCAAUAUGCUUAAGCAACGUGGAGUCACUGAAUUCUUGACAGCAGAAGGUGUCACCCCAAAGGAGAUUCCUCAGCGAAUGCAAGCUGUUUAUGGUGAUUGUGUUGACGUGAGUACUGUUGCUGGGUGAGUAAGUUUAAAGAUGUUGAGGUGGGAACAUCUGACUUGUGUGACAAAGAAAGAGUUGGACGUCCUGUGACAGCAACCACCGAGUUUCACAAGCAAAAGCUUGACGGAUUGAUUCAGGACGAUCGUCGUAUCACUCAGGUAGAAAUUUCAAGCAUAAUCGGCAUUUCACAAGAACGUAUGGGUCACGUUAUUGCUUUGCUUGGCUAUCGGAAUAUCUGUGCACGAUGGGUACCCAGGAUGCUGACGCCUGAAAUGAAAGCGCACAGACUUGAAAUUUGCCAGGAACUCCUCUCACGUUACAAGAAUGAAGGUGACGCCUUUCUCCUUUGGGGUGACACUUUCUGCUGUCACGAAUUCAGUGACUACACGUUGCUUAAGUCACUUUAACCGACCGUUUGCGCCGGGUUCCAUACUUCGCACUUCAACAACACAACUGUUCAAUUCUAAGGCUUCCCACCAAAUGGAACUGUAGAGGAUACCAGGACUGCCGCAUACCAGAACUGCCAUCUGUUGAGUUAUGAAGGUGGAGGCAUUACUUUUCAUUCAACCCUCAUACUUUGAAGCACUUCAAGCCUGUUUGACUGCCACCUCUCCUACAAGGGGAUCUCAAUGAGCUCCAGGUGGAGCUAAAAUCAAACAUGGCCAUGAGCCUUCAGUACUAAUACUGUAUUCAGUAGAAAUGUUUAUAUCUUUGUUUUGGAGUUCAUUGAUUGCAAUACAACUAACCCCAUCUCUAACUCCAGCCGAUGCAGAUGGGAAGUAGAGUUCCAAACUCGCCAGGGGCCCAAGGCUAGAAACACUUCUAGAAGCCUUUGAGCCAAGAUUGCUGCCAACUUAGGGAGGCCCGCCAGCUAUUUUGAGGUCACAGAUGGACAGGGAAAGAUAUGGGCAGAGGCCCAGUGAUACUGAACUGAGGUUCGUGCUACUAAAUGGUUGAGAUACCCUCCCAUCUCCGCAGCUGCUCAGUUCAAUGCUCCGGAUUGGCCCCAGGAUAUUAUCUCUAGGUAAACUGCCCUGAGAUUCUUAACUUAAAAAUCUAUUGCAAGCCAAUGAGAAGGAUAUAGUUUGCCUUCUUGAUCGCUGCCAUACUAAGAGUGGGACUUGUACUAGAACUAAUCCGUGCUUUGUAUGCCCGUCUUGGAAGGAAUUACCUUUGGGCGCAUCCUAAGCUCUGAAGCCCACCCUCAUUAUCAUUCAUUUGCAAGGCUACCAAUGUUACUUGGAAUCCUGCGGAGGUGUUGCAUGUUUGUGAACAGAAUUACAUGUGCAGGAAUGGGAAUUGUGCUGUUGCACAACGUUCCUAUGUAGUGAAAGGUGGGUGUUACAUUUCUAGAGUGAUGAGAAUGUGUCUGCUAUAUACAAUGGGAUAGAAACACUGAAAUUUCAUUGGUCCUGAUGUGUGUUGGGCAUCAAGGCAUCUUCGCCAUCCAGAAACUGGGUUUUUUCGUGCCUCUCCUGCAUAAUUACUUAGCUAGCUACGAGCAAAGUUUGACAACACAAAAAGCCACAUAAAAUUCUGGCGAUUCUUCAUUCCCUGUUGUAUGACAUGCAUGGAUUGCUGAUAUGCUCUGGGUGUCAAGCAGUUAUUUUUCUUAUGGGAUGUGUUAGAUGCCAGAUGAAAACUGAAGCUUAGCAGAAGCAGGCUAGUUUGUUUUGAACCUCCUGAUCCCUCUUCCAGGGAUUAGUGCCUCCAUUUCUACCAUUCCUUUCUGGAUCUGUAAAUGUUGUAAAUAAACAGGUUUUCACAAAAAUGGAACAAA